UUUCUGAGUCAAUGCCGGGCCUGUCCAUGCCUUAGUUGCGGUCCCUGGAGGUAAAACAAGCUACCUUUCUGAGUUAAAAGCCGGCAAAGAGGUAAUUGUAGUUGAUCAAACGGGUAAAAUGCGGACAGCAAUUGUUGGCCGUGUUAAGAUCGAGACCCGACCACUUAUCCUUGUGGAAGCAAAGAUAGAUGCAAAUGAUCGGACCAUAUACAGCAUUCUUCUGCAGACGGCCGAAACAGUCGCAGUGGUUUGUCCGCAUGAAGGUAACCGGAUGCGAAAGACUGCAAUUCCCGUGACUUCGCUGAAAGCCGGGGACGAAGUUUUGGUAAAUCUACAUGGUGGGCCUCGGCAUACCGGAAUAGAGAUCGAUGAAUAAUUCAUUGUCAAGAAUUGAAUGAACUAGCAAGACGACGUCGACGGUGUAACUUCUCCAUUUCCAAGAUUGUUACCAUUCAUUUGAAGGCCUUCCAAUGAAUUAUAUAUUUUUUGACAAGUUCA